AUGCGUGAUAUGAAUAUCGAUGAACGUUUAUCUCGUUUGUUUAUAUAUUAUAAUGCUCGUUUGUAUCAGAAACCAGGUGCAAUCAAUGAUGAUGGUGCAACUAAAAAAGCUACGGCUCUGGCUUUGCGUAAAUUUGGUGCAUGCAAAGAUUCCUUAUGGAAGUAUGAUAUUUUGAAUGUCAAUAAAAAACCACCACCAGAAGUCUACAGGAUAGCAAAUCGUAUAACAGUUAGACCACUCAAGGUUCCUCGAAAUAUAAAUGCAAUAAAAAAGUGUUUGGCUAAUCAAGUUCCUGUUAUCAUUGGUAUCCGAAUGGGAUCAAUAGAUGGGAAUGAGGUUCGAGCAAACAAUGGUUAUUUACGAAGACUAGAUCCGAAUGAUCCAUAUUUGGAUGAAAAAGGAUAUCGUUGUCACUCGGUCGUUCUAGUUGGUUAUGAUGAAAAAGCAAAGCAUUUCAUCGCACGAAAUUCAUGGGGGCGGAGCUCGGUAAGUGUAUCAUCAACUACUACAUCAUUAUUGUCUCAGCUAAACUUAUUCAGGGACUUGACGGCUACUUUUAUGUACCUUAUGAAGACGUAA